AAAUACAAAUUAGAGUAGAAAACCAUGUCGGCCAGUUUGACUCGCUUGUGGGAGCGCCUGCCACUCAAAAAGCAGGCGGCGCAGAGCAGUAUCCGUGUUUUUUCCAACCAGGAGCAGCAGCAGCAGCCAGAAGUCGACGACGAUGAAGAAUUCCGAGUGCUCAGUCUGCGGACGGUGAAGCAGCAGUUCCAGCGGCGCCAGCAGGUGCGCAGGGAUCCCAUCACGCCGCCGCGCACCGGACGCAUGGCGGUGGAUCAGGAUUGGACGGCCGUUUGGCCAGGACCGCGCUCCUUCCAUCCGGCCAGUGUCCCCCUGCCACUUCGCCAGGGAUUCACGGAACGCGGAGCGGCGGCCCCAUCGAAAUUCGCCAACGCGGAGCUGAUGAAAAUACCCAACUUUCUGCAUUUGACACCGCCGGCCAUUCGUCAGCAAUGCGAAGCCAUCAAGAAAUUCUGCACGCCGUGGCCCAAAGGACUGGAAACGGAGGCCAAGUGGCAGCGUCACUUCCCCGUCGAGGUCACCACCACGGACUUUUGUCACAGUUUGCCCACCAUCAGGAAUCCGGAGGCCCGGAAGGUCACCAUCAAGCUAAAACUCUCGGAUCUUAAGUUCGAUUCGCAUGCCAGGGACAAGUUCCUGCGUCUCGUGGGCGAUCGUUAUAACAAGGAGACGGACAUCCUCACCUUUGUCACGGAUCGGUGUCCGCAAAAGAAGCAAAACUACGAUUAUGCUCUGUAUUUACUCACCGCUUGCUAUCACGAAUCCUUUGUCACCGAACCCUGGGAGGCCAGCAAAUCGGAGGCCGACAUGGAGGUCUAUCUGUUCGACAGCAACCAGUCGAAGCUCUCCGCCGAGGGAAUCCUCAACUGGAACGCCAAGGAGGGAGCGCCCAAGGUGGCUCCGAGUAAAUCGUAUGCCGAUUGUGUGGAGCAACUGAUUAACGAGGGCGAGAACGAGUAUAACCUGGGCAAAUACAAGGAGGAGGUCAAGAAAUUGCUGAACAUUGCUUAGAGAACUGUUGUUUUAACUUUAAACUUUAAUAAAAAGGAAAGUUAUCGAUAGAA